AUGUCGAGAAUUAAUUUGGUCCUGGGGGUGACCGGGAGCGUGGCGGCGAUAAAGUGCAAGGAACUCACGCGCGCGCUCGUCGGGAUUGAGAGGGUGAAAGAGGUGCGAAUCGUCUUCACGACGUCGGCGAAGAAGUUCGUAUCGCGAGAUGAUGUGAGAGAGAUACAAAAUGAGCUCGGAGUGAGGUGUUACGACGACGAUGACGAGUGGGCGGAUUGGGGUAAAGUUGGCGACCCGGUGACGCACGUGGACCUGGCGAAGUGGGCGGAUGUGUUGCUCAUCGCGCCUCUCAGCGCGAAUACGCUGGCGAAGCUCGCGAACGGGCUGUGCGACAACUUGCUGACUUGUUUAUUCCGAGCUUGGGAUCUUCGGGCAAAUGAUAAGGCCAUCAUCCUUGCGCCCGCCAUGAACACGGCGAUGUGGAACAGCCCGUUCACGAAACGUCACUUGAAGUCGAUCUCCGAGAUCGCCUCGAGCGCUAAAGAUGAUGCUAUCGCAGGAUUCAUCGUCGUGCAGCCCAUAGAAAAAGCUCUCGCGUGCGGCGAUUACGGCGUGGGUGCCAUGGCUGAGGUCUCGACUAUCGCGCAACUCGUCGCACUCACUGGUGAGGAGAAACACACUAGGGAGUUCCUGGACUCCGCAGUCAUGUACCCGUCCGAUUACGAUUAA